AUAAAGCAGUUUAGGUCUUGAAUCCGUUUCGUAAAGUCUGCUGAAACGAGGAGCAGAUAAUAUAACGUUGGCUGGCUCGUGUUUAUCAAAUUGAAACCCCUUAAUAGUAAUUUUGCAUAGUCCGAUACUUGAGUAGUUAUCGUACGUAGGCUAUAGUAAAAGUGUUUUAUUUGUGUGGUGCCUCAUCAAUUUAUGAAAACCCCCAAGUUCCUUCCUUUACUUUAUUAACUACAAUCUCUUGUGAUAUGCCAUUCAGUAUUUAAGUGUCUUUAAAAAAACUUACCAGUAUUAAAAAAAAAAACAAAAUCUCAAUAAAACAGUUAAUUGCUUGUUAUUCAAUAUCAUUAAUAAUAAAAUUAAUAAUUCUAAGGUACAUCAUUACCUUCAAAUAAAGUUUAUCCAAUCAAUCACUACCAUGACAAAAGACAGAAACGAUGAACACGACAAAUUUGUCGUUAAUAAAAAUCUCCAAUAUGUGAUUGUUCCCACCUCAGACAAAGCACUUCUCCCACGUAAAGAGUCACAUGCAAAUGUUGUAGAUGUUGAAAAAAGACAAAACAAAUCUAGUAAAAGAGCAAUUUUACAUCAGAUCAUUUCAGCAUGUGCUGUGUUAUUAUUAUCAGCUGCAUGCGGUAUGCCAAUUGGUUAUUCGGCUGUUCUACUUCCCCAAUUGUACAAUUCAACAAUAACAACCAUACCAAUUGAUGUUGCGCAAGGGUCAUGGAUCGCAAGUGUUCAUAGCUUGGCAACACCAGUUGGUGCUAUUAUGUCAGGAAGUUGUGCUGAUAUGUUUGGACGGAGAAAAACACUUUUAUUUUCUGUGAUACCGAUUAUAAGUGGUUGGUGUUUGAUUGCUUUAUCCAAGUCAUAUUACAUGAUUUUAAUUGGAAGAUUUAUAACUGGAUCCGCUGUUGGAGUACUUGGAGCACCUGCUCAGAUUUAUAUUGCUGAAACAGCUGAACCAAAUCUGCGAUCACUUCUAAUUGGAGCACCAGCAUUCUCUUACACAAACGGGAUCCUUCUAAUCUACAUUCUUGGCUCAAGUCUAGAAUGGCGUAUAGUGGCAUGGUUGUCGAUCAUCUUACCAGUUCUAGCUGCUGUAGCAUUAUUUCUAAUCCCAGAAACUCCAUCAUGGUUAGUACGCAACAAUCGGUCUGAGAAAGCCUUGAAAGCUUUGAAAUUUCUACGACGCAAUGAAUCAACUGCCCAAGAUGAGCUCAAAACUAUUCAUGAACGUUUGGAUCAAGAAAAAGUUACUACCAAGUCCAAUGAGAAUAUCUUUCGUCUUUGCUGUCAACGUGCUGCUUAUAAACCACUAUUCAUUGUGAUUGUCUUUUCGAUACUUCAAAUGUUCUCUGGAACUUUUCUGGUUGUAUUCUAUGCAAUUGAUAUUAUAUCGGAGUUUGGAAGCAAUAUUGACCCAAAGUCUGCAGCAAUACUGACCAGUAUUGUUCGAUGUCUAUGCACAUUGGGAAUUUGUUUCAUUUUACUUGUGGUCCGUCGAAGACUGUUAACAACCAUUUCAGCUGUUGGAUCAGGUUUAAGCUGUUUGGUUCUAAGCUUGUUUAUGUAUUAUCGUCAAGGUCAACCUAACUCUCAAUUGGACGUCUAUGUGGCUAUAACCUGUCUUACCAGUUAUAUUGCAUUUAAUACACCUUUAAUGGUUAUGCCUGGAAUUAUGGUGGGAGAACUAUUUCCGGCUAAGAUUCGUGGCCGGACAGCUGGUACUAUGUUUGCAUGUUGCAAUGUUGCAUUGUUUUGUUUGGCUAAAGCAUUCCCUGUUAUUAAAGAGGCUGUGAAAACACGUGGAAUAUUUUUGAUGUUUGCUAUAGCUAGUUUCUUGGCAGCAAUCUUUACAUUCUUGUUGCAACCGGAAACUAAAGGAAGGACUUUGGAUGAAAUUGAAGAUUAUUUCAAUGAGAAAAAUUGGUUUUGGGUGAAUCGAAGUGAUCGAUUCCGGAGUAGCAAGAACAAAGUCACAACUAAAGCAUAACAUUUAUAUAGAGGUUUAUAGAUGUUUUCUCAUUUUAAGAGGUGUGGAACUCAAUGUGUGAUAAAUUAUUAUUAUUUUUUUUUUUAAUUAAAUAGAAUGUUAAAUAUCUUCUACCAGUGAAUACAUUGUAUCAAUUGUUUUAGUUUUAAUACUUUUAAGUAGGAAUAAUAUUAUGUGAAUAGAUAGGUUUACUGACAUGCAAUUUAUUAUAUAGAGAUAUUCUGUUAAAUAAAAUUUAAGUUCGCUAUGUGUAAGUUAAAAGUAGGUCUAUAAAUUUGUAA